ACGACACGAUCUCUAUUGGAUAAUAUCUAUUUCACGUCAUAUGAAAACUCCGCCAUUGCGUUCUACUGUAACCUACAUAUUUUGUCAGUAGUACAGUACGCUAAACUGUCCUGUGCGUUUGUAAAACCAAGUAGCUACAGUAAGUGCAUGCCAUCAGAACAGGAAAUAUUUGACAGGAGCAUUUUUAGCAUUAGGAUAAUCUUGCUGUUUUUGGAAAGCAAGGGGAACACUUGUCAUUGUAUGUAAAGUUCACUAAUUGCCUAGCUAAGGAAUUUCACUAGGGUUCCCCUCCGUUUACGCGAAAGCUAGGAUACUGUGAUAAUGGCACCGAAAGACAUAGUGGAACAAACCUAUGAAAUUAUCGAUUGUUUUUUUGACCCGUCUUCUAAAAGCAGCGAUAUCGAGACGGACUGUUCAGUCGGCGACGACGAUGAUUCAUUUGACCCUUGUGAAAUUGCCGGAAAACUUCGAGAGAUUGGCGAUGAAUUUGACGAGCAGACGAUCCAUCAGUUUAAAAAGGCCUUAGAAAAUGAUUCAAAUCAGGUGGAGGCGGCCUUCACAAAGACGGCCGAGGCGUUGAGCAACACCUGGAUGGCAGAAAGAGGGGAAGUGGCGAUGGAGAAACACCUGCUGCGGGCUUCGGUCACGCUCGGACUGUACGUGCAGAGGAACUACCCGAAAAUGGCAUCGGCCGUGCAGGUCGCCAUGACCGCCUUCCUCAUCAGCCGCGUCGCCCCAUGGGUUUCCCAGCAGGGCGGCUGGGAGAGAGUUGCCUCUGAAUAAAGAUCUUCUCAAUGGAAAGACCGAGUGAUGUACAGCAGAGAUAUUUGGCAACUUCACCACUGCAACAUCCUGCCAUCAAGUCAAAAUGAAACCGACUCGGGCACGAUUUUAGUGUACGUGUUGUUUCGAUCCGCUUUUUAAAAACUGAUUCAUGUUUCUCAAUUCCCAAUGGCCCCUGUCAUAUUCUAAAGCUUGUCUCCUUUGUGGAUCCUCCAUUUCGAGCCACGGCUUUAAUCCGUAACCUUCCGACGGAAGUGGAACAUGGUCUACCGUGGUUGCUGCUUUUCCUCAAAACGUUCCUUAACAGCAAAAACUAUUUACGGUGGGCGGAAUUAACUCCCCUCAUAUUGCAAAGGGCUUUUUAGCACUUUGGUCAGCCAUGAGUUAUGAGCCUGCUUUUGCUCAUCCAGCUUGCUUUUUUCCUAAAGGUCUACUCCUGCAACUAAUACAAGUGGACCACAGGCAGCUCUACUGUGCUGUCCUGCUAGGCUGCUGGCUACAGCGAUUUGAUUCAAAGUGGGAAAUUCUGCUCACUUACUUUGGCCUCCACAAACUUGGAUGUGCCAGGAAAAUAGAGGCACAAAUGAAAAAGUGAUUUUUAACCGGCUUGUUUUUAAAUGUUUACCGAAUACAUUUCCCUGCUGAACUGCAUACGAACAAAGAGAUGCACCAAGUACGUGUAACGGAAAUGCAACUACAAUUUUCAGCCAUUUGACCCAGAGAAACUGCAGUAUUUUGUGGUUUAGAAGAGGGUUGCGUAUGUAAUCGACACCUCUGGGUACGGAAUACAUCGUGUGACUGUGUGCCUCAGUCUGGGUUUCUGAGUGGCAGAAUUGUAUUUACAUAUAAAUACGUCAUUAUUUUGGAUUCAAAUACUUUCCUGUGCUCGAUUAAUCUUACCUGGUGCAAUUGAGCCAACCAAGAGGACCAGAAGGCAGGCUUCUUCUUCUGAGGGUUCUUCUUCUCCAAUAUACCAGACAAGCUCUGUAAAGCUUCGGAAAGUAUUUAAAUCCAAAACAAUGAGGUGUUUGACCCAGGUCUGACCAUCACCGUUGAACGAUUUCAAAUGAACAUUCCAUUUAGUUCACCACCACCACCACCACACCUUUUUAAUACAGAUAGAAGUGACUUUGGACGGACAAUGCCAUCCAGCUGAAUCACAGCUUACCUGUGGUUCAUUUUUAAAGGUAGAACAAAUAUUACAUUGAUUAAAGUCUAUUAUAGCAGCCAAAUAAUUGUCCAAUCAAUGGUCCCGAUGGAUCUGUAUUCUGUACUCAGGCAUGGCACAGCUCGGGUUAAAGUUGGGCCGUUGUGAAGUGGUAGGUCUCCUGCGAUUUCCUAAAACACAAGGUUUCAGACUGCACUGAUCUCUGCAUUCUCCUAUGGCUGUUGUGACCUGUUAAAUGUAUCGUACUGUACCUAGCCUUUGAAAGUGAAAUUGCACGGUCAUGUGAAUGUAGGAAUUUGUCAAUUUGUUGUUUAAGAAGGGACUAGAAGUAGAUUCAUUUCGGCCUUUUGUUGUUUCCUAUUUUUAUAUGUAAAUGAAAUCUAGAUAUUUCUGAUUGAAACCUUGCAUAAAUGUGAUGUUCCAAACA